AUGGCUGCCGACAUGAGCGGCGAACAGAUGCAAGCCAAAAUUACCGCCGCCCGGCGCGAGGCCGAGGGUCUCAAGGACAAGAUCAAGCGCAGGAAGGAUGAGCUGGCGGACACAUCCCGUACGAUUACCCCCCCAAGGCCUUUCUUUAUUCGCAUUGGCACCUCGCGCCAUCGCCAUUCAGAUAUGGAAUCGAUCCGCCAUGUCGCGCAGAACCAGACCGACGCCCUUCCCCGAAUUGGCAUGAAGCCUCGUCGCACGCUCAAGGCUUCGCAGGACGGAAAGCUCAUCAUCUGGGAUGCCUACACCACCAACAAAGUCCACGCCAUCCCCCUAAGGUCCUCCUGGGUGAUGACUUGCGCUUACGCCCCAAGCGGGAACUAUGUGGCCUGCGGUGGUUUGGACAACAUCUGCUCCAUUUACAACCUGUCCUCGCGCGAUGGCCCUACCCGCGUCGCGCGCGAGCUCUCCGGCCACUCUGGGUACCUCUCCUGCUGUCGUUUCAUCAACGACCGCCGUAUUCUUACCUCAUCCGGAGACAUGACCUGUAUGCUUUGGGAUAUCGAGUCCGGUUCCAAGGUCACCGAGUUCGCCGACCACCUCGGUGAUGUGAUGUCGAUCAGCAUCAACCCGACCAACCAGAACAUAUUCGUUUCCGGUGCCUGCGACGCUUUCGCCAAAUUGUGGGAUAUCCGCACCGGCAAGGCCGUACAGACGUUCGCCGGACACGAAUCCGACAUCAACGCCAUCCAGUUCUUCCCCGAUGGAAAUGCCUUCGGUACCGGGUCCGACGAUACUUCUUGCCGUCUUUUCGAUAUCCGUGCCGACCGCGAGUUGAACAGCUACCAGAGCGAGCAAGUCCUUUGUGGUAUCACCUCCGUCGCAUUCUCCGUGUCUGGCCGAUUACUGUUCGCUGGUUACGACGACUUCGAGUGCAAGGUGUGGGAUGUUCUGCGCGGAGACAAGGUUGGCUCCCUGAGUGGCCACGAAAACCGAGUGAGCUGCUUGGGAGUUAGCAAUGACGGUAUCAGUCUGUGCACUGGAUCUUGGGAUUCCCUUAACGGUCCGUCGCAUACGAUCUGGAAAGCGCUGAGUGGUGAGACGCGAGCAAUGGGAACAAACGAAAGCCACGACAAACGUUUUGGAUACGACAAUACUCUGGUGCGACGGUCUGAUAUCCGGCCCUUUGAAAGAUGA